GAAGAAAAUUUACAUAUAUAUAAAAACUAUGAGAAUACAAAGAUUAUUUUUUCACACAAAAAAAAAAAAAAUUUGAAAGGUGGAAAGUUAAACAAGAGAAGGUAUGCAGUGGAUGGAUAUUAACCAGACAUAACUGUUGAAUUUGGUCUAUGCAGGGGACAUACAAGAAACAUAAAUCUAGGUAAGUAGGUAUUAAACCACGGUUAUGAAACAAACAUACAUCUAAAAGGAAAAACAUUAGAAGGAAGAAGAGGUUAAGAAUUAGGGAGAAAGAAGAUGAUCUAUUUUUGCGGCAUGGAAUUGAGAAAUCACAGCAGAGCCUCACGUAUGGCUUGUAACUUUAGCUUUGGUUCUCCUCCUACGUACCUCUAUAAGCGCCCUUCCCCUUCCAACCUAAUGCAUCAUCUCUCCCAGAAUGGUUUCGAGCUUCUUUCUGUUGCUCUCCCUAUACCUCCUCUCAUCACUAUCAUCUUCCUCCUAUGGACUUUCCGAUGUCGAAGCCUCUUUCAUUGCUCGUCGCCAAAUGAUGCACUUGGAGGAGAAUGAGAAAUUGCCCGAGAACUACGUAAAUACCUACAAAACAAACCUAAAAUUUUCUCACACCAGGCUAAAAGCCGCAUACAUUGCACUCGAGGCGUGGAAAAAAGCUAUCUACUCAGACCCCACAAAUUUCACAGCAAAUUGGUCGGGCCAAGACGUUUGCUCCUACAAUGGAGUUUUUUGCGCACCGGCUCUAGAUGACAAAAAUAUCGAAGUUGUGGCUGGGAUUGACCUUAACCAUGCAGACAUCGCAGGUUACAUUCCCCCAGAAGUUGGUCUGUUAACUGACCUUGCACUUCUGCAUAUAAACUCCAACAGGUUUUGUGGGAUCGUCCCAAACAGCUUUACCAACCUUAAGAUUCUGUAUGAGCUAGACUUCAGUAACAACCGCUUUGUCGGGCGGUUCCCUGAACACGUGCUUGAACUUACAGAACUCAGAUACAUUGACCUCAGGUUCAAUAACUUUGAAGGGGAAUUGCCUCCUGCGCUUUUCAACAAAAGUUUCGACGCUAUAUUUAUGAACAACAACCGCUUCUCCUCCAAUAUUCCUGAGAACAUAGGAUCAACCCCAGCCACGGUUGUGGUUAUUGCCAAUAACAAUUUCUCAGGCUGCGUGCCUUCCAGCAUCGGCGAAGUGAAGUCACUCACCGAGUUUGUUAUGAUCAACAACAACCUCACCGGUUGCUUGCCAGAAGAAAUUGGAAAACUCGAAAAAGUUUCGGUGUUUGACAUAAGCUACAACAACUUCGUUGGCGUGUUGCCGAGGAACUUCAAUGGGCUUAAGAACGUUGAGUACUUGUCCAUUUCGCAUAACAAGUUCACAGGUUUUGUCCCGCGUAAUGUCUGCACCUUGCCCAAUUUGGUGAACUUCACAUUCUCCAAUAACUAUUUCAACGGAGAGGAAGAAGGUUGCGCACCUCAAAAGAAAGAGCCUCUGUUUGAGGAUGAGAACAAUUGCAUACCAAAUAGGCCAAAGCAAAAACAGUCGAACGUUUGCAACGAGGUGAUAAGCAAGCCUGUGGAUUGUGGCAAAGCCAAGUGUGGCCAUGGGGGACACACCCCAUCAACGCCGUCUAAGCACACACCAUCGCCUCCUAAAACUGAGAAACAGACACCGACACCAGUGCCACAAGCUCCACCCACCCCUCAACAGCAACAGCCACAACCACCACCUACCCCAACUCCACAACAACAACAAUCCACUCCCCCACCUACCCCUCCAACACCCACGCCUCAGCAACCCACACCCUCACCACCACAGGAAGAACCCCACGGCGAAUCACCCAAGAACCGAGAGAGAACUCCACCAACGCCUGUCUACUCUCCUCCACCACCACCUGUUCACUCUCCACCCCCUCCUGUCCACUCUCCACCCCCACCCGUUUACUCUCCUCCACCACCGGUCUACUCCCCUCCUCCCCCAGUCCAUUCUCCACCACCACCCGUCCAGUCUCCUCCUCCACCCGUCUACUCUCCUCCUCCACCAGUUUUCUCUCCACCUCCACCUGUUUUUUCUCCUCCUCCCCCAGUUCACUCUCCACCUCCACCCGUUUACUCUCCACCACCACCUGUUCACUCUCCACCACCUCCAGUCUACUCUCCACCGCCACCAGUGCAGUCUCCACCACCUCCUUCACCAACUCCUUCGCCUCCUAUGGAAGACGUCUUCCUCCCCCCUCACUUCGGCUCUUCUUAUGCUUCACCCCCUCCACCUACCAUUGCCGGUUACUAGACGGGGUACACAUCUUUCUACCAUUUCUACUAGUUCCUAGACAUAAAGUUGCAUUGUAAAAACUAUAUGAACACAACCAGGUUUUUUUUUUUUCUUUUUGUUUGAUGUAAAUGUUAUCCAAUCUAGCUGAAUGAGCUGAUUGAAGAUUAUUUUAACCA